GCUCCUGACCAAUCAAAGCUCGUGUAAUCGACGUUUCUCCCAAAGAACACAGAUUCAAUCCGUAACAGCUUCCCAAAGUGGAACACCAAGAAAAGAAUUUUUUUUGUUUCACUGAAUCCUCAUUUUCUCCUUUUUCCUCAUAUAUAUUCUGCUGCGGGAUCUGGAUAAAUUGAGGGCUGAUUGUGGUGUCGACAUCUGCUUAUCUCACCUGUCAACGUAUCUCAGUCAUCUAUACGAACUACCCUACAAAAUGGCGUCAGCAGAACAAUCCAUGGAUCUCCCCGUGAUUGACCUCGAUGUCUAUCUAAACAACCCUCUUGACUCAGAGGCCGUUCAAGAAGAGUGCAGAAAAGCAGCCAACGCCCUCAUCACGUACGGUGCUCUCGUCCUUCACGACAGCCGAGUCUCAGAGGAGGAUAACUCAACUUUCCUCGACAUUCUUGAAGAUUACUUUGCUCAACCCGAAGAGGUCCUCAGAAAAGAUGAGAAGCCUGAGCUGAGCUAUCAAAUUGGUGUCACAUUAGAGAACACAGAAAAGCCCAAGUGUGCUGUUGAUGAGCCAUGCCUCGAUGUUAUUCAGAGACUCGACCCUUCACAAAGACCGUUAGAUAUCUCAGCUCACUCACCUGAUCCCAAGUGCAGAUUCUUCUGGAGAAUGAGCGAGCAACCGCCUUUUGAGACCGAGUUCCCUGGAUUGAACGCCCCGAACGUGGUCCCUGAAGCCCCUCAUAUCAGAGACCGAUGGGAGCCAGCCAUGGACCAGUGGGGGACGUCUAUGAAGAGCGCUGUAUCCAAGUUGGCAGAGAUGACCGCCGUUGGUCUAGACCUACCAGCUCAGUUCUUCAGCGAUGCUGGAAAAUACGGACCUCACCUUCUUGCCCCAACAGCCUCAGACCUGGUCAAGUACGGCGAGAAGAACACCAUCUUGGCCGGCUUCCACACAGAUCUCAACUUCCUCACCAUCCAUGGUCGCUCCCGCUACCCUGGUCUUCACAUCUGGGCACGCAACACCGGAAGCCGUAUCGCCGUCAAGAUCCCACCAGGAAACUACCUCCUUGUCCAAGCGGGCAAGCAGAUUGAGCACAUCACUGGUGGACUCAUCAAAGCUGGCUUCCACGAGGUUAUUGUGAAUGAGAAGACCAUUGAGACCAUUGAGAAGAGGAAGUGUGACUUCCCUGACAGACCUCUGAUCAGAAUUUCGAGUACUCUGUUCUGGCAUCUUGGUAGUGAUGUCGAUCUCAACCCCGUUCCCAAGCUCGUAGCAAGGGCAAAGGAAGUGCGAGAGCGACAGAAGGAGCUUGGAAGAGAUGAGGGACGAGAGGUUGAGUAUCCUCCCAUGAAAGUUGGACACCAGGUGCAGGAGGAACUGAAGCACAUUGCUUUGAUGGCUUAAAGCGAAACUACUUAGCGAAGAGCGAUGAUUUAUGACUUGAAGAUCUCAAAGACGACUUGUUAUGAGGACUGGAUACAGGCUGUGGGAUGAGGCUCAUUUGUGUUGAACUCGCAUGAAACCCAGCUGUAGAUACGCCUUGUUUGACAGUUGCUCAGAUAUGAAAACACGAAGGCCUUGUGUGCUACUCGUCUCAUCACACGUACUUCUCUGAUUGUAUAUUGUCCGCUCUGUAUUCAGUUCCCAGAACACAGUGCAACGGAUCGUGCACGUACACCAUGGUAUGCUACUUACACCAGUGUCACCUGGCACAUCCCAGACAUGUACGCCUUCGUUUGAAGUCGGGGCGACACGUCUUUACGAGACAUCACUUGCAAGGACAGGUCAGGCAUAUCAAACAGAACAUCAUGUUAUUGUUUUCUUGGGUAUCUUUCAGAUCCUCCUACGUUCACUCAACAUACUGACAUUUUUAAGUAGCCAAACUCUUCCAUACCCUUUCAAGUCUCCUUCUCGCGGGGAAGAGUAGUCUCAGGCACCUUGCCGCCCUCAGAUCCACCAUGAUCAGAACCAGUCUCCUCAGGCACGGCAUUUUGGUUCACAGUUGUGUCAUUGGCAGCAGGAGGGAACUCCUCACGCCAGAAGUCCUUCUUUCCGUGAGCAAGUCGGUUCAACCAAGGGGGCAAGAAACCACCGGGAAUGCGCCAAGUCCAGCCGUCUCUCUCCUCAUAGUUGGGAGGCACGAUACGACCACCGGAAACAACCUUGAUGACCAAAACGACGGUGUUGAUCAACAUAUAUGUGCAGAUACCAGCAAUCAGACCAUCGGCAAUGGAGUACGCAAAAGGCAUGAUGGCAAUGGUGAGGAAAGCAGGAACAGCAUCACCCAUGUAACGCCAGUUGAUCUCAGUAACCGCGCCAACCAUCAUAGAACCAACAAGAACGAGAACGCAGCCGGUGGCCCAAGGAGGAAUGGAAGCAAAAAUCGGCGCAAAGAAGAUGGAAAUGAAGAAGCAGAUUCCGGCAACCAUGGCGGUCAAACCAGUCUUUCCACCCUCGGAAAUACCGGCACCAGAUUCGACAAAAGCAGUGACGGGGGGAACACCGAAAACAGCGCCAAUGGAAAUGCUCAGGGCGUCGACCAUGUAGGCAAUCGAAGAGCCUUCAAAGUCCUGGGUAACGGGAUCGACGAGGUUGGCGAAACGAGCCAUACCAUACAGUGUACCAGUACAGUCCAGGAUGUCGACAUACAAGAAAGUGAUGAGUGCAAGACCGAACUGGCCGCUGUGGCCAGAAAUGUUGAACUGGAGGACGUUGAGGGUGUGCUUGAUCUCAUGGAAAUCGACAACCUUCUUGAAGAAGCUGAAUCGAUCGUCGCCAAGGGUGUCGUAGGGGAAAUAUGACACAGGAGUGUCUCGUGGCCAGGAGAUGAUGCUGACAAGAAGAAUACCAGCAAUGAUGGCACCUUUGACACGGUACAUCAUGAGCAAUACGGUGAAGAUGCCGCCACAGAAGAUACCAAUCCACAGGGUAGGGCUUCUCAUCUUCUGAGAGGAAGGGCACAGACCGGUGUCAGGGUCCCGAUAUUGCGAUUCACAACCUGCGAGUUCCAUAGGAGUGGAAACGGCACCAACAAUCAGACCGAUACCCUCGCUAUAAGUGAGACCAAUGAGCGUCAAGAAGAGACCGAUACCGACACUGGUGGCGAGCUUGAUACAGCGGGGGAUGGCGCGAGCAAGCCAUUGACGCAUACCGAAGAGAGCAAGACCGAAGAAGAUGAAGCCUUCAAUGAAGAUGGCUGUAAGGGCAAGCUCAUAAGGGACGGGGCCAGAGCCGCUGGGACCAACGACGGUGUAGGUGAAGUAGGCGUUGAGACCCAUACCAGGAGCGAGACCGACGGGAAGGUUGGCAAGCAGGCCCAUGAAGAAAGUAGCCAGAGCAGAAAUGGCAGCGGUAGCAGUGACAGCAUCACGCUUGACUUCGGCAACACACAGCUGGUAGGCUUCGUCUGGGACGCAAGCACCGUCCUUGUAAGUAGGGCAAAUACAUGGACCACCGGAUUCAGAAACAAUCGAAGAGUUGACAGCAAUAAUGUAGGCCAUGGCAAAGAAGGUGGCGAGACCAGCUCGAAUCUCAGUGAAGAAGAGAGAGCCCUUGCGUUCGCGAGGCUAAUUGGAGAGAGCAUUAGCUGUGAAGUUGACAUCGGAGGUGGCCGAUUUGACUUACAUGACCCGAACCCUCAAGCUGGAACCAACGUCCAACAGGACUGGCCGCAAUCUUGCGGUUGGUCUUGUCCAUCCAACCCAUCUUGAAGAUUGAGUUGACAAUGACUAUGUGACAAAAAGGUAUUCAAAAAUUGAGCAAAACCCAAAAGCCACGGGACAAGUGUGAUCGGCGUGCUGCGAAGCUCGAGAUUGAAAGUUGAAUUGACAGACGGGAGGCAGCUGUCUUUAACUAAUGGCGAUCCCAAGCGUUCGACGAAUGUCCUAGACUCUUUUACAGUUAGCUCCUGUAUUGGCCAAGUCUAGACAGAUAGAUAGCCAACGGUAUGUCUCCGAUAAAGAGGGUCGGAGGCGGCCGAGGAGGCUAAUGGAGGGACAACGGAGGUUAUGUAUGUGGUGGGAUAGGCAAUGGGGGUCCAAGCCCAGAUAUCUUAACUGGGGGAGAUAAGAGACUGGGGAACUUGGGAACUGGGGUUUUAGGGAUUGGGUGCAUGUGAACAAGGGUGUAUUGGCGCAAAGUCCAAAACUAUACAUAGAAGAGGUUGUACAUUGAUGCGCAAGGGCGACAAAAGAUCCAGGGAAGGCAAUGGACUAGAGACUUACUGAUGGACGUACAAAAGAGGCGUCGGCUGGUAUACCUAGUACGUGGUGCAAGGCAAGCCGUAAUGUAAUGCAAUGCGCACGCAGUGUAUGUAUCUGCAGAUGCAAUUGACGGCUGAAAUAGGUAGGCCAAGAUGUGACGGAAACGUAAAGAGUCCCG